CAACACGGAAGCUCAGAGACGACUGAACGCUGAUCACUCUCAGCAGAAGAAGACUAAACCCAAAGAAGAUGCUGUGCCCUCAUGCAUUCAGAUCUGAUCUGAGGCCAAUCAUGGACCUCUCCUGGCCUGUUCGCAGUCUGUGGCCUGAAGUCAGACCUCUCUUCAACCAGCAGGAUCUCUUUCAGAGAACCUUCCAGGAGCUGCGCAGCAGUCUGGAGCUGAUGGACAAACUCCAACAGCAGAUGCUGGAGGACUCAGGAGCUUUCAGGAGAGGUGCGGCCCUGCAGCCAGUCUCCUACCAGCUGAACAAAGAGAGAAAUCACUUCGGUCUGACCCUGGACACUCAAGGCUUUUCUCCAGAGGAGCUGUCAGUCAAGCAGGUGGGCAACAAGCUGAGAG